UCAGUCAACCAUAAUAAAAACACACACACAUUCACACAGAAACAAACCCAUUAUUAAACCCCUGUACACCCCCCACACACACAUUCACACCACCAUGAUCACCGUAUCUCCGUCGCCAUCUCCGUCACCGGAACCAAACAUCCUCCACAACACCACCGCCCCAGCUUCAUCCCCAUCAGUUUCAUGGUCAACACUACCCAAUUCACCCUCAAAACCACCGGUUCGUUUUAGCCCACCUUUAAUAGCUAUGGUUGUCAUAAUAGCAACCGCUUUUAUAACAAUCACAUACUCUCGUGUCAUCUCAAGAAAGUUCCUUCUUUUACGGCGCCGGUGGCGUCGGUGGCGCCACCGGCGCCGUCUUCUCAGAUCAUACGUUCCGUCAUCCGUUGGAGAUAUCGAGUCAACCGGUGGCGAAACGUAUGAUCUGAGUUACGGGUAUCAGUUAUUUUCGGGUUUAGAUGACGCGGCAAUUAAAACAAUUCCGUUAUCUAUUCAUAGUAGAAAAAGUAGUGUUCAUGAAUGUGCUGUUUGUUUAUUGGAAUUUGAAGACAAUGAUUAUGUUCGUACGUUACCUGUUUGUUAUCACGCAUUUCAUGUGGAUUGUAUUGAUGUUUGGUUAAAAUGUCAUGCUAAUUGUCCACUUUGUAGAGCUAGUGUUUUCAUUAGGCCGGAUUCGCCUUUUGUUCCUUUGAUGUCAGCUCGAAUCCGGCCUAAUUUUGAUGAUGUAGUUAUGGAAACCACAAAUAUUCAAUUACCAACUCCAUAUGCUGAGCCAGAGCAUCAGCUAGGAGAUAAUACAAAUAGAGAUAGAGACAGUUUGGUACAUGAGAUAACGCAGGAAGUCUCUCCGGUUAUGAUCCAGUCAGAAGACAGGUUUAACCGGAGAGACUUCCUGCUCAAAAGAUCUUAUUCGUUCGGAUUCGAACGGAAUAUAGGAUCAGAGAGGUUAGUUAUGGAACCUGCGACAGUAUCUCCAUGGAGAUACCGUCGCGGUGGAAACAGCUUCUGGAGCAGGAAGCCGUCUCCAUUUAAUAAAAGUAGAGUAUUUUCAUUUAGAUAUUACAAAGGGAUGAAAUCCCCGUUUUUUCGUCGGCGAGGCGGAAGCUUUCUUCCUUUUUCAGAAGCAAGCGUCCGUUUCGCCGACGGAGGUGGAAGCUCAUCCAGGCGAAGGAAGUCAUUUGCUAGCCCAAUUUUCAUGAGAGGGGGAGUCACGGGGACCGGGGCGAGCUCCGGAAUGUUUUCAUCUAGUCGGUUACGAAGCGGUGAUCCCGAAGCGUUGUUAUCUCCCGAGAGAUAUAACAGACGGUGAAAAUGGAUAACUGACUCAUUAUCGAUCGGUCUUAGUAACGGUGCAGAUGUUGUACACGUAAGACAAAUGCAAAUGAAGGUAUAGAAAGAGUACGUUGAAAAUGAAUGCAUUUUGUCGAUGCAGUAAAUUAAAUUAAGAAAAAUGGGGUCGAAAGAUGGAAAAUUAAAUGAAAGAGUUGGGCUCGUAAAUAUUGGCUAUGGUGAGUGGUUUUGCGUGGAUGAACCAACCAAGCCAGACGGGAUCAUUUAAUGGACUAGUGUGGGGGACUGUGUUGAGCAUUUAUGAUCGGUUUCCACAAACCAACCUUCUUGUCUAGCAAACAUUUAAGAUGAGUAUGAUUUAUCUUACUCUUUUGUACAUACAUUUUAUAUUUAUACUAUUAUUUUUUUUGUUCAUCAUGAUGAUUUUUUAUGUAGUUAUAAGACAUGGUUUGUUAGUAUCA